AUGUCUGGUCGUGGUAAAGGAGGUAAAGCAAAGGGAAAGUCAAAGACCCGUUCAAGUCGCGCUGGACUCCAGUUUCCGGUCGGUCGUAUUCAUCGUAUGUUGCGCAAAGGCAACUACGCAGAACGUGUUGGAGCUGGAGCUCCAGUCUACCUCACAGCUGUUAUGGAAUAUCUGGCUGCUGAAGUUCUCGAGUUGGCAGGCAAUGCCGCUCGUGACAACAAGAAGACUCGUAUCAUCCUACGUCAUCUCCAGCUGGCGAUCCGUAACGACGAGGAAUUGAACAGACUUCUCUCUGGAGUCACUAUCGCUCAAGGUGGAGUUUUACCCAAUAUCCAAGCUGUUUUGUUGCCAAAGAAGACCGAAAGAAGCAGCUCGUAA